CAGCUUCGGCUCACUCUCUAACAGGUGGCCCAUUACCAUGGUGGAAACGAUGCCGAGUUGCAGCAGCGACAGUUCCCGCAGCAGCAAUAGUGGAAGUCCACUGCCCCUGAUGCGACGGUCGCACGUGCAGAUGCCCACCCCGAUCGCCGUGAAGGCCUUCACCCCAUCCUACCUGCAGCCGCCGUCGCCGCCGACGGCGGCCGCGUCCUCCUCCUCCAACUUCACCAUCGACAACAUCCUGGCGAGCCGGGGGCCGUCCGUCGCGUCCCUGCCGCCUCCGAGGGGCCUCCAAGCAAUGCUGCCGCUGCCCCAUCACUUUCCCUUCGGACACUUACACUCAGCGGCAGAUUUCCUUGCUGCUGCAUAUCAAGGAAUGUACCCGAGUUACCACCAUGUGGCCGCGGCCGCGGUGGCUGCCCACGCAGCCGUCGGAAAUCUCGGCCCUGGCUCCCUGCACGGUAACCCAGGUCCUCCACCCCCGAAGCGGAAGCGACGGCACCGCACCAUCUUCACGGAAGAGCAGCUGGAGCAACUGGAAGCGACCUUUGAGAAGACGCACUACCCUGACGUCGUGCUCAGGGAGCAGUUGGCUCUCAAGGUGGACCUCAAGGAAGAAAGGGUUGAGGUUUGGUUUAAAAACCGACGAGCCAAGUGGCGCAAGCAGAAACGCGAGGAACAGGAGCGAAUUCGCAAAAUCCAUGAUGAGCAACGCUUACCCGGACAGGACUGCCAGUCCGACGUGUCCCGGGAUGUUGCAUCUAGUCGGCUUUCCGCAGGUUCUCAUUCAUUCAGGCAGCAAAUCAGCGACGAGUCAUCUGACGUCGAGGUCGCGUAGACUAAUUUUCUUUCGGUUUUUAUCUUUUAUUAAUUUUGUUUGUUUUUCUUUUCUGUUGAUUUCAACUCUGCACGCAUUGUUGUCUUUAUUCCGUGCAGUUUUGCUUUCUAUACAUACUUGUUACAUCUCACAUUUGAAAAUGUAUUUAUUGCAUGUAGUGUGCUAAGGAAAGUAGUUCUCUACUAUAAUCCUUACUUGGGCACGAAGGGAGUGCGAUAUAAACUGUAGUCUGUCUUGAGCAACACUCGAAGACAGCGUUGCAGAGGUUCAUUCCUUCCUCCCUAACAAUGAGUGGCCACCCCAAACCCGCGAAUCUCAUACACUAAUUAAGUUACGCGCCGUUUUCGCGUACAAGCUUUGUGAUAUUAUUAUUUAUAUUUCUCCUUAGUAAAUUAUUUUAGUUUUUAAUUGCGUAAAAUUGAUGUAAUUAGCGAUUCAGCGUUACUAUGUAUAAAUUAUAUAUUAAUGUAUACAUCAAAUCAGUUUUAUGUUGUUGUAUAUUCUAGGAGAAAGCAGACUAGAAUCUACGAUAUGGAUAGAAUUUUCACGUAAACUAUAUACAGAAAAAAAUGUUGCAUUUAUUAAUUUAUUGAAUACAUGUUUAUAAAAACGCACAAAAUCGGUUGCAUUUGCGAAUUUCUGUCAGUGUUCAGUGUCUGUACCUUUCUGCCAAAUAUAUAUUAUAAAAUAA